AUGACCUUGGCAGGUGAUACACAGUUUGAAUGUAUCCGUAUACCGACCAAAGAUUAUGGUUUUGACACCGACGGUGACAUGUUUGUCCUAGAUUCCAGCGGUGAACGAUGGACAUUAGACCCUGCUGUACUAACCGAAAACUCUAACCCCAAAAUGCUCUCCAAUGCUCCUCCUUGCAAGACUUCUAAAACAUUUAACAAAGGUGACCUCGUGUUGAUCUGCAAUGACUCCGACGAACUUGAAAUUCUGCAAGGUGAUCUUUGGAGGGAUGGAAUGGCCUUGACAAGAGGAAAAAUUGGUUCAAUAACGGAUAUAAUCAGCAAUGGACUUGGAGUAACCUUACCUAUGAAGGGUUCUAUGAUGCAUUGUGUAUAUAAGCCAGAAGCCGUUACGUUAUUGAAUUAUGAUCCAACAAACAGGCAUCAGGAAGAAAUAAAAAGUAACUACAUGGCAAGUUAA